AUGGCUACUAUCGACGAGAGAAUGGAAACAGAAACAGAAACAGCCAUUCACGAGGAAGACCUUGACCUUGAACAGGACCCGCAUAGGGCGGCUCUGGAAGACAAUCCCGAAAAACCAGAGAAGCUGACCUGGGCGACAUGCUUGUCCAUCCUAUUUCUGGCUCUGGGUUUUGUCUGUCCGCUUUCGUCGUUUCUCCUUCCAGCUACUAUCCUCGUCCAGAUCGGCACCAGUCUCGGUGACACGGUGAACAUUGUAUGGGUUCCUGGUGGCUGGUAUAUUGCUUCUUCGGUCUCAUCUUCGAUUGCUGGGAAUCUAAGCGACAUCUUUGGGCGCCGUUAUGUCACCUUGGCUGGCCAGGCUUUAUCCAUCGUUGGCGCGGCCAGUGCGGGGACAGCACAAACCACCAAUGUUGUUGUUGCAGGAACUACCAUCACAGGUUUUGCUUGCGGUAUGGUUUUUGUGGCGUACGCUAGAAUCCCGGAGCUGCUGCCGAACAAGUGGAGUAUAAUAGAAACAUCGGUCUCUCGACCACCGAGUUUGUGGCAGCCCUACCCUGGGCUGUCUGUGGUGUUAUCAUCACCAACCAGUUUGUGGCUCAAUGCAACCUGGAGAUGGUGUUACUACAUUGGACUUAUCUACGCCGUGAUUGCUCUUGUCGGAACCGCAAUCGUCUAUUUUCCGCCAGCGCGACCUGAUGGUGACUACAGCACCACUCGUUGGCAACAAGUCAAGAGCCUGGACUACGUCGGAUUGUUUCUCUACUCGACGGGACUUACUGUCUUCCUGGUCGGCAUGACUUGGGCUGGAUUGGACGGCCAUCCCUGGAAGAGUGUGUCCGUGGUCGCACCCCUUGUGCUCGGCGCCGUCACCUUCGCGGGAUGCUUUGCCUAUGACUUCACACUAGCACAUCAUCCCUUCUUUCCUCUGGAUUUGUUCAAGCGUGUCCGGCAAUUCACCAUCCUUUUGGUGGUCGUGUUCGUCUCGGGGAUGAUCUAUUAUGCCAUGGCGGGCCUUCUACCACAAGGCACUCUUUACAUGUUCACUAGCGACCCAAUGGACAUCGGUCUCACCCAACUUCCUAACGGUCUCGCACAGCUGGUUGGAGGCUGUAUUAUGCCGGCCAUAUCACACAAGAUCAAGCACCUCAAGCUUCAGGUUCUCAUCGCUCUCACCAUCCAGACCUUGUUUACCGCCCUCUACGCCGUGGCAAUUCCCAACCACAGGCCGAUGUGGAUGGCCUUCCAGUUCUUCGGCAUGGGUUGCUUUGGAUAUAUUACCCUCCUUUGCUAUUUCAUUGCUGGCCUUCACGUUCCAUUGAGGGAGCUCGGUCUCGCCACUGGUCUGAUUGGCACCUUCAAAAGCGCAGGUGGCAGCGUCGGCAACGCCAUCUUCAACACCAUUUUGAAACCAAGCGUUGAAGCACGGCUGGGAGGCGCGAUUGCCAAUGCCGCGAUAGCUUCUGGGUAUCCCGCAGAAGACCUCGAGACCCUUAUUCCGGCCGUCAUCACAAAUGCGCUGGGUGUGCCUGGUUUGGCCGCACUACCUGGUGUCACGCCUGCCGUGAUCGAGGCAACCAGCAAGGCGUUCAAGGACACUUACGCCCACGGUUUCAGGUUGGUCUUCUAUGCAACUAUUCCGUUCGGUGUGAUUGCCAUCUUGCUGUGCUUGUGGGUGGAAGACGCUUCCAAAUAUCUCACCAACCAUACUGCCGUGCAUCUGAUCUGUGCGUGGCAAGUCCUUCCAGGCAUGCGUGCCCGCAAGAGCGGUGUCAUCAUAUCCAUCGCAUCUCGAGCGGCGACUGUGGACCUUCCCUUUGGGAUAGGGGAUGCUGCCGGCAAGACUGGUCUUGUUCGCGCCAUUGCUAGCUUACAAGCGGAAUUGGAAAUCGACGGCUUGGGGGAGGUUGUCCACACCUACGCUCUGCACCCUGGUGGGGUCAAAACCACCAUGGGUGGAUCUAACAGCGACCCAGAUGUUGUGGCCAAGUAUCCCCGACUCGACAGAUCUCGACCGGCCUUUCAAGCCCUCUUCAAGGACAAACCGGAACUCUGCGCUCAGACAUGCGCAUACAUCUCCACGGGUAAAGCCAAAGAUCUUCGCGGCCUAUACAUUGACUGUCGACAAGACCUUGGCCGCUUGCUCGAGGCCGGGCGAGAGUCGCUGCUCAAGAAUGAUCUUUACAGCCUCAAGGUUGGCUUCCUUGACGGAUGGAUACUCGAACGAACCAUAAUCGAUAUGACGGCGGAUCGUUCAGGCCAGUCAAAGUGA